CGGCUGCUAGAAGAAGCCGCUGGAGCCGCAAGUGAGGUGGUCGCACCAUUGCCCUGCCCGUGCGUCCACAGCCAGGUGCUCAGACCACAGGGCAGGGGGAAAGGUUGGAUUUGCCAGGAACCAGAGCCGGGGUCAGCUGCCCAGGAGCUUUCAGUACUAAUGCUGGUCUCAGCUCGGACCUGAGUCUGGUGGGUCAAGUCCUGGACCUUCUGAGAUUCCCGAGGGGUUCCAGCUCCGUCCUAAUGGGGCUGCGUCUGCUGCUGCUACAGUCCUCUCUACUGCUAAUGCUUCUUUUGUGGCCGCCGGCGUCCACCAACCUGGACUGGCAGUGCCCACGAAUACCCUUCUCAGCCUCCCGAGACUUUAAUGUAAAGUAUGUGGUCCCGAGCUUCUCCGCGGGUGGCCAGGUACAGGCCAUGGCAACCUACGAGGACAGCGAAGAUGGGAGUGCGGUGUUUGUGGCUACACGCAAUCGCCUGCACGUGCUUGGGCCUGAUCUGCAGCAUAUAGAGAGCCUGACCACCGGCCCUGUCGGGGAUCCUGGCUGCCAGACUUGUGCGAGCUGUGGUCCAGGCCCUCACGGACCACCAAACGAUACAGACACACUAGUGCUGGUGAUAGAGCCGGGUUUGCCGGCCCUGGUCAGCUGUGGCUCAACCCUACAGGGCCGCUGCUUCCUGUACGAGCUGGAGCCUCGGGAGAAAGCCCUGCACUUAGCAGCACCAGCCUGCCUCUUCUCGGCAAACAAUAACCAUCCCGAGGCCUGCCCGGACUGUGUGGCUAGCCCCCUGGGCACUCGUGUGACUGUGGUGGAGCAGGGCCAUGCCUCCUACUUCUAUGUGGCAUCUUCACUAGACCCAGAGUUGGCCGCUAGCUUUAGCCCACACUCAGUGUCCAUCCGGCGCCUUAAGGCCGAUGCUUCUGGAUUCCAACCAGGUUUUCCUUCGCUGUCUGUGCUGCCCAAAUAUCUGGCCUCCUACCCUAUUGAAUAUGUGCACAGCUUCCGCUCAGGAGACUUUGUCUACUUUCUGACCGUGCAACCUACCAGUGUCACAAGCCCUGCGAGCGCCCUGCAGACUCGUGUGGCCCGGCUCAAUGCUGUGGAGCCGGAGAUGGGCGACUACCGGGAGCUGGUCUUGGACUGUCACUUUGCACCUAAACGCCGGCGUCGGGGAGUCCCACAGAGCACACAACCCUACCCAGUGCUUCAGGCAGCCCACUCUGCUCCAGUGGAUGCCAAACUGGCUUUGGAGCUGAGCGCCUCAGAGGGCCAGGAAGUGCUAUUUGGGGUCUUCGUGACUGUCAGGGAUGGUAACUCUGGGAUGGGUCCCAACUCUGUUGUAUGUGCCUUCCCCAUUUACCAGCUGGACGCCCUGAUUGAAAAGGGUGUAGAAAGCUGUUGCGACAAUUCAACUUCUCCUCGGCCCUGGAGAGACCUCGACUUCUUCCAGACACCCAGUCUUUGUCCUAAUCCGGUGAGCAGAAAGAGCAGGCCCUUGACCUGGGUAGAGGGCCCCGGGCCCAGCUUCCGCUGCCACUACUUCCCUCUGCUGGCCAGCAACGCCUUCCUACGUGUGGACCUAUUCAAUGGACUGUUAGGAUCCGUGAAGGUCACUGCGCUGCACGUGACACGCCUUGGCAAUGUUACGGUGGCCCACAUGGGCACUGCGGAUGGGCGAAUCCUACAGGUGGAGAUAGCCAGAUCAUUCAGCUACUUGCUCUAUGUGUCCAACUUUUCCCUGGGCAGCAGCGGGCAGCCUAUUCACCGGGACGUCAGUCGCCUUGGGAAUGACCUACUCUUUGCCUCUGGGGACCAGGUCUUCAAGGUGCCCAUCCAGGGCCCCGGCUGCCGACACUUCCUCACCUGUUGGCGCUGCCUGAGAGCACAGCGUUUCAUGGGAUGCGGCUGGUGUGGGGACCGGUGUGGCCGGCAGGAGGAGUGUCCUGGCUCCUGGCAACAGGACCUCUGUCCACCUGAGAUCACUGAGUUCUAUCCUCACAGUGGACCUCUGAGGGGCAGUACAAGGCUCACCUUAUGCGGCUCCAACUUCUACCUGCGUCCUGAUGUGGCACCUGAGGGAACACACCAGGUCACCGUGGGCCAAAGUCCCUGCCGCCUGCUGCCUAAAGACUCUUCAAGCCGCAGGCCAGAGUUCCACAAAGCGUUUGUAGAAGAACUUGAAUGUGAGCUGAAGCCUCUAGUCACCCAAGAAGCAGGGACUACAAAUGUGAGCCUUCUCAUCGCCAACACACCAGCAGGCAAGCACUUCCGGGUGGAAGGCAGCUCUGUUCGGCAAGGCUUCUCUUUCGUGGAACCACUGCUGACAUCAAUAAAACCUGACUUUGGCCCGCGGGCUGGGGGUACUUAUCUCACCCUCGAGGGCCAGAGCCUGUCUGUAGGCACCAGCCGAGCAGUGCUGGUCAACGGAACUCAGUGCCAGUUGGAACAGGUCAGCGAGGAACAGAUUGUAUGCUUCACACCUCCUGGAGCUGGCCCAGCCAGGGUCCCCGUUCAUCUGCAGAUCGGAGGUGCGGAGGUGCCUGGCUCCUGGACCUUUCACUACAAGGAAGACCCCAUCAUGAUGGACAUCACCCCCAACUGUGGUUACAGUGGCUCCCACGUCACGAUCCACGGCCAGCAUCUGGCUUCGGUGUGGCACCUAGCGCUAUUAUUCCAUGAUGGACAAAGAACAGUGCAGAACAGGUGCGCAGGGCCGUUUCUGGAACAGCAGCGUCAGUGCCGCCUGCCUGAAUAUGUGGUCCGAAACCCUCAGGGCUGGGCAACCGGGAAUCUGAGCGCCUGGGGGGAUGGAGCAGCUGGCUUCACACUGCCUGGUUUUCGCUUCCUGCCCCCGCCCAGUCUGCCCAGAGCUGGCCUAGCUCCACUGAAACCUGAGGAGCAUUCAGUUAAGUUUGAGUACAUUGGGCUUGGCGCUGUGGCAGACUGCGUGAGUGUGAACGUGACCGUGGGUGGUGAGAUCUGCCAACACGAGCUUCGGGGGGACGUGGUGGUCUGCCCCCUGUCCCCCUCCCUGCAGCUUGGCAAGGAUGGUGUCCCAUUGCAGGUCUGUGUAGGUGGUGGGUGUCACACCCUGGGCCAAGUGGUUCGGUCAGGCCCAGGCAGGGCCUCACAGAAUACACUCCUGAUUGCUCUGCUGGUCUUGAUCCUGCUUGUGGCUGCACUGGCCAUUGCUCUUGUCUUCAACGCCCAGAGACGGAAAAAGCAGCUAGUCCUUGUUCCCAACCUAGAUGACCUGUCAUCCCUGGAUCGGUCUCCCAGAGACAUGGCCCUGUCUGCAUUCCACUCUGGCUCUGACUACAGAGGAAAUGGCCACGGUGAGAUGGUGGGAGGCACUGGAAGCCAGGGCUUCCCCUCCCCCACAAGCUCUCACUCCCUCUCUCCAACAACACUCUCUGACGUCGAUGAUACAGCUUCCGGACCUCUGAGCCGUGAAGAAUCUAGUGAGGAUGGGACAAGUGUCCCACUGCUGCGGACAGAGUCUAUCCGGCUCAAGGAUCUGGACAAGACGCUCCUGGCCGAGGUCAAGGAUGUACUGAUUCCCCAUGAACGAGUGGUCAUCCAUAGUGACCAAGUCAUUGGCAAAGGCCACUUUGGUGUUGUCUACCACGGAGAAUAUACAGACGAGGCACAGAAUCAAAUCCACUGUGCCAUUAAGUCUUUGAGUCGCAUCACAGAGGUCCAGGAGGUGGAGGCCUUCCUGCGGGAGGGUCUGCUCAUGCGUGGCCUCCAUCACUCAAACAUUCUGGCUCUCAUCGGCAUCAUGCUACCCCCCGAGGGGCUGCCCCGGGUGCUGCUGCCCUACAUGCGCCAUGGAGACCUGCUUCGAUUCAUUCGCUCCCCUCAGAGGAACCCCACUGUGAAGGACCUCAUCGGCUUUGGCCUGCAGGUAGCCUGUGGCAUGGAGUACCUGGCAGAGCAGAAGUUUGUACACAGGGACCUGGCUGCUAGGAACUGCAUGCUGGACGAGUCGUUCACAGUCAAGGUGGCUGACUUCGGCCUGGCACGUGACGUCCUGGACAAGGAAUACUACAGUGUUCGGCAACGGCGCCACGCUCGCCUGCCUGUCAAGUGGAUGGCCCUGGAGAGCCUCCAGACCUACCGGUUCACCACCAAGUCUGAUGUGUGGUCAUUUGGUGUGUUGCUGUGGGAACUGCUAACACGAGGUGCCCCACCGUACCCCCAUAUCAACCCUUUUGACCUCACUGACUUCCUGGCUCAGGGCCGUCGCCUGCCUCAGCCUGAAUAUUGUCCCAAUUCACUGUACCAGGUGAUGCUGCAAUGCUGGGAGGCUGACCCGGCAGCGCGACCCACCUUCAGAGCCCUGGUGAUGGAAGUAGAGCACGUAGCGAGCUCUUUGCUUGGCGACCACUACGUGCGGCUGUCCCCAGCUUACGUGAACCUAGGUCCCAGCGCCUUGGAUGAUGCGAAUGCGCUUCCAGAGCAGCCACAGCCCUCGCCACAGCGUCACAGGAGCACGUCAAGGCCCCGGCCUCUCUCAGAGCCACCUCUGCCCACCUAAGCCCUCAGCAGACCAAGGGGACUCUAUCUGCUAAGUGGCCUUGAGCUCACCCCAACCUGCCUCUGGGCUAUGACAAGCUGAAGGGCAUUGAACCUCCACCCUUUAACUUUCUGAAGCUACUGGAGGUGGGAAACAGCACAUUUAAGCCCCUUACUCCAGCAUGAGCCAGUGAGGGAGAUUCUUUUGUAGCAUGUAUUUAUGGAGUGCUUGUUUUAUACCCUGUCUGCUGAGCGCAGAGGACUCAGCAAUGAUCAUGCCGAUACCACAGUGUAAACCCCUAAAAAAUAAAUGAAUAUUCAAGCACA